AUUCGAUUUAUUGGACGACGUAAUCUUCUUUUAUUGGGAGUUUCAACUAUGACUUCUCUUAUCGUCUUCGAAGAAGCUAUCUGCGAAUCUAUGGAGAACGCAUAACAUGCCACUAAGAUAUGUGAUUGCUAUGCAUCUGAGCGAAAGGAGCAAAAUGUCAACGCCUCUCGCGCUAUUGUUGGAUCAGGGAUGUCAUCGCGCCUUCUGGAUCAAUUCCCUGCUUACACUGUUGCUAUACGUUCCUGGAGUUAUACAUGCUUUCAAAGUGAUUCUUGCUGGAGGCCGUCAUCAUUACGAUCAUCACGACCACCUCGAUCAUUAUGGUCACCAUCAACAUCAUCACCAUCGUGAAGAAGUUUUCGUAGUUCAACCUCAAACUCAUUACAUUGCUCAACCUGUAGUAAUUCAACAUGGAGCCCACGCACAACCCGUCGUUGGGCAAGGAGUGGUAUCAAAUCAGUCACAGUCAAUUUAUCCUGAUGUCAACUAAUUAGCUCUUUAGUCUAUAGUUACGAGCUCUUGUGUGUUUUCCACCAUGUGUAAACAGCACUGACUUAACAAUACAUAUCUCUCCAAGAUGUUUGAAGGCAGCGUCCAGACAGAUCUGGACCUGGAAAUUUUACAUGGAAAGUACUUUGGGG